UACGCCACCGCGUCCGUCUCCCACGGCAACCGAGAGCCCUUGUGUCGCUUAUCGAGGAUGGAUUCCCUUACAGGGAGUGAGAUGGCACAGAUAGCGAGGCAGCAGAGAGAGGCUGGUGUGCAGAGGCUCAGCUGUCACUUCCCGUGGCCCGAGUUCUGCGAUGAACGGCGCUGCUUCCAUCAGGAGUUUGUGUAUGACGUCGCCAUGUUCGCCGCGGCCCGUGGCUUCCCCUGGCCCGACGUGAUCCGGGCAGCCGAGACCGCCAAAGGCAUCUUCCCACAGCUGGACGGUCUCGUCGUACCCAAGCUAUCGUCCUUGCUGAGAGACGUGCUGUCUGAGUGUUUGCCCAGCCUUACCUCUGUGCACCGACACGAGUUCACCAGGUUCCUCACAGACACCUGCACCACCCGGAGGAGGCUUUUCCAGGCGGCGGUGGGCGGAGCCGCUAACAUGUCCAUCGCUCAGUUGCACUUGGAGGUGCAGCUGCCGCCCACACCCUGUCCUCUAGCACAGGGCACAGACCUGCACGAGUGGGAGCAUCAGCAACAUCAAGCUGAGCUAACUGCAACCUUGCUUCAGAAGGAGGAGAAGCUGAAGGCGCUCCGAAAUGGGUCAAGGGUAACACUGGGGGAGAUAGAUGUACCUGAGGAUGAGCAUCUGGACAAAGAGGGGGUUUUGGCGUUGAUUCGUGCAGCAGUGAGGGCCACAGAAGACCAGAUGCUGGCGAGUCUGACCCAAGAGGCCUCCCUGCUCAGUGACAUCCUGCAGAUCAAGCUGCAGCAGGCGGCAUUGGCCACCGGGAGGCUCCACAAUCCUGUGAGCUCGCAUCCAGACGCACCAGCAAAGGCAAAGCCGAACACAGCAAAAACAAAAACAGGACAGAGAGAGUCUGGAAAUGCAAUAAAGACUGGACCUCAGUGAGAAUUAUUUAGUCCAACUAUUCAACUCUCUUGCUUGUGGAUUAUUAAGUUUUUGUUGCAGUUCCUGCUUCAGUGUCCAGUGUGGAAUAACAUCUAAUUAUCCAUUUGUGGGAUACUAUACUGGGAAUUCAAAAGAUGUUAAUUGUCAAGAACAGUGAGAGUAGACGCACAGAAAUGUUCACAACCUGCUUUAUGAUCAUGUGCAUACACACUGUGAGUGUUUACAA